UCCUGAAGAGGUGAGGGAAGGAGCUGCGCGUCAGAGGGUUCCUAAAAUCUCGUUUAUUCGACUCUAUUAAUUGCCUGCCGGGUCGGUGUAGCAGGAAGAUGACGGAGCUGAGGCAGAGGCUGAUCAAGGAAGAUGACGCCGAUGACAGGGAUAAGGAAAUUGAAUCUGAACCUAAGACUGAUGGAGAGACGGCAUCAGACAGCGAAACUAAGACAGAAACUGGGGGGGCGCAGAAAGGAACUCCUACAGAUGACACUCCAGAAGUCCUUAACCGGGCCUUGUCCAACCUGUCAUCCAGGUGGAAGAACUGGUGGGUUCGAGGCAUCCUCACUCUGGCAAUGAUCUCCUUUUUCUUUAUCAUCAUCUACUUGGGACCAAUCGUGCUCAUGAUGAUUGUGAUGUGUGUGCAGAUCAAGUGUUUCCAGGAGAUCAUCAUGAUCGGUUAUAAUGUCUACCAUUCCUACGACCUCCCUUGGUUUCGCACCCUCAGCUGGUAUUUCCUGCUGUGUGUGAACUACUUCUUCUACGGCGAGACUGUCACAGACUACUUCUUCACCCUGGUCCAGAGAGAAGAGCCUUUAAGAAUUCUUAGCAAAUACCAUCGCUUCAUCUCCUUUGCUCUGUAUCUGAUAGGUUUCUGCAUGUUUGUGCUGAGCCUGGUGAAGAAGCAUUAUCGUCUGCAGUUCUACAUGUUUGGAUGGACGCAUGUCACCCUGCUGAUUGUUGUCACCCAGUCGCACCUUAUCAUACACAACCUGUUUGAGGGUAUGAUCUGGUUUAUCGUGCCCAUUUCAUGUGUGAUCUGUAAUGACAUAAUGGCAUACAUGUUUGGCUUUUUCUUCGGCCGUACUCCACUUAUCAAGUUAUCACCGAAGAAGACGUGGGAAGGCUUUAUUGGAGGUUUCUUUUCCACUGUACUCUUUGGGUUGUUGCUGUCCUACGUCAUGUCCGGGUACAGUCACUUUGUGUGCCCGGUGGAGUUUAACAAUGACACAAAUCGUUUUACCGUGGACUGCGAGCCCAGCGAGCUCUUCCAGCUACAAGAAUAUCACAUUCCUGCCGUCUUACAGUCUGCCAUCAGCUGGAAGACCAUCUGGAUGUAUCCUUUCCAAAUCCACAGCAUUGCCCUUUCCACUUUUGCCUCCCUCAUCGGGCCGUUUGGAGGAUUCUUCGCCAGUGGUUUCAAGAGAGCUUUCAAGAUUAAAGAUUUUGCAAACACGAUCCCAGGGCACGGAGGCAUAAUGGACAGAUUUGACUGCCAGUAUUUAAUGGCCACAUUUGUGAAUGUGUACAUCGCAAGCUUCAUUAGGGGUCCCAACCCAAGCAAAUUAAUCCAGCAGUUUUUAACGCUGCGCCCCGACCAACAAAUCCACAUUUUCAACACGCUGAAGUCGCAUUUAACUGAAAGGGGGAUGCUGGGAAAUGGUGAAGGAGCAUAAAGCCGCUCCAGCUCCUUCUGAGAGAAGACUCGUUGACCUCUUGUGCUGCUGGAGAGGGCAGAAAAAGUCCCUUUUUUCCCUUAUUCUUUUUGUAAAUGUCUUGUGACCUUUUGUUACUUGGGUUUUUUCUUGUUUCUUUUUGUCUGUUUCCGUUAUGCUCUGUUUAGAAAGGGUCAUCCAUUAGAAGACAUCCCGUUAGAUGAUUACCUGUGGACUACCAAGCAUCCUGGGCCUGACCCCAGCCUCAUGCACAGACUAAGUCCAUUCAUAUUUUAAUGCACAAAGGGGUGGUUUAAAGGCCUUUUUAAUAGCUUUGCACUGCUGGAGCACAUGAGAGGCUAAAAGACGGGAAUCAAAUCCAAUUUUUUUAAUCUACGUGUCUUUCUCGUUUUUAAAUUUCCCUUUUUAAAAUACCUUUACAGGUAUGAAGUAUUAUCUUGUAAACAUAAUUUCUUUUAAAGAUCAGUGCCGAUGCAUUGGAUACUAGAGAGUAAUCUGUAACCCUAUUUUAAAGUGUUGCUGCUUGUCCAUUGUUUGUGUUGAGUUGAGUCCAACCAAAUCCGUUUUGCUGAACGCCUCCAAUAAUGUCACUUGAACGGAGUUACAUUAUUAAUCCAUUGUCUCGUUGUUUACGGUUGUAUCCAAUAGCGAAUGCAUUGACCUCAGUGUAGUAGUCGGGGAUUUUAAA